GCAAAAUCAAUUAUUAAUUUAUUUCCCUGAUUUCCCUGAUUUAUCUGUUUCAGUUAUAUAAGAAACAAUCGAUAAAGAUAAAUUGAUUCAUACCCCCUUCUCUUUUGUCACUCGAAACCCUAGCUUCUCCUCGCCGCCGCUCAGUCUCUCAAAGUUUUUGUUUUGAUUCUUUUUUUGUUGAGAGAAGUUUUCGCAAGAUGGCGUCGAAAUUUUGGACUCAGGGAGACAGUGAUACCGAGGAGGAAGAGAGUGAUAUUGAGCAAGAUGAUGAUGAGGAAGUCAAUGAGCCGACGACAGUCAACAAGACUGGUAGUAGGUAUCUUCAGGAUAACGCGAGUGACAGUGAUGAUUCGGAUGGGCAGAAGCGUGUUAUUAGGUCUGCUAAGGAUAAGCGGUUUGAGGAGAUGGCUGCAACUGUGGAUCAGAUGAAGAAUGGAAUGAAGAUUAAUGACUGGGUCAGUUUGCAGGAGAGUUAUGAUAAGAUUAAUAAGCAGCUUGAGAAGGUUAUGAGGGUUACGGAAUCAGAUAAAGUUCCGAAUCUUUAUAUUAAGGCGCUUGUCAUGCUGGAGGAUUUCUUGAAUCAGUCUAUGGCGAAUAAGGAGGCGAAGAAGAAGAUGAGUAGUAGUAAUGCUAAGGCGUUGAAUUCGAUGAAGCAGAAGUUGAAGAAGAAUAACAGGCAAUAUGAGGAGUUGAUUACCAAGUGUAGAGAGAAUCCGGAGAGUGAGGAGGAGGCUGAAGCAGAGGAGGAGACGGAAGACGACGAAGAUGAUGACGAUGACAAUGAAUUUUUGGAGGAUCCGUUGAAAGCUGGGUCAGAUUCGGGAGAGGAUGACGAUGAUGACGAUGACGAUGAUGCUGUGACUGAUGGUCCUGGGUGGGAGAAGAAAUUGAGCAAGAAAGAUAAGCUUAUGGAUAAACAAUUUAAGGAUCCGAGUCAGGUCACAUGGGAUUUCGUCAAUAAAAAGUUCAAAGAAACUAUUGCUGCGCGUGGAAGGAAGGGGACUGGAAGGGUUGAGCUUGUUGAACAGCUUACAUUCUUAACAAGGGUGGCCAAGACUCCUGCACAAAAACUUGAGAUUCUUUUCAGUGUUAUUUCUGCACAGUUUGAUGUUAAUCCAAGUCUCAGUGGGCACAUGCCCAUUAAUGUGUGGAAGAAGUGUGUGCAGAAUAUGCUACUUGUACUUGACAUUCUUGCCCAAUAUCCUGAAAUUCUUGUUGAUGAUACAGUGGAGCCGGAUGAGAAUGAAACUCAGAAAGGAGCUGACCACCAGGGGCCAAUCCGGAUUUGGGGAAACUUGGCUGCAUUCCUUGAGAAGAUAGAUGUUGAGUUCUUCAAGAGCCUACAGAUCAUUGAUCCUCACACUCGUGAGUAUGUUGAAAGGCUGAGGGAUGAGCCUCUCUUUCUCAUUCUUGCCCAAAACGUACAGGAGUAUUUGGAACGAGUUGGGGAUAAUAAAGCUGCAGCUAAAGUUGCCUUAAGGAGAGUUGAACUCAUAUACUAUAAACCCCAAGAGGUAUAUGAUGCCAUGAGGAAAUUAGCUGACCAAACUGAAGAUGGCGAGAGUGGAGGGACAGAAGCUAGUGGGGGCUUCAAAUCAGUUGAGGGAAGUAGAGGCCCGCCCGAAUUCAUUGUAAUUCCAAAGGUCGUGUCUCGGAAAACUACUUUUCCAGAGAGUGGCAGGACAUUAUUGGAUGUCCUAGUUUCUGUCAUAUACAAGUAUGGUGAUGAGCGAACGAAGGCCCGUGCCAUGCUUUGUGACAUAUAUCAUCAUGCUAUUAUGGAUGAGUUCUCCACCUCCCGUGACUUGUUGCUGAUGAGCCACUUGCAGGAUAGUAUACAUCACAUGGACAUCUCAACACAAAUACUGUUCAACAGGGCAAUGGCACAGUUGGGUCUAUGCGCAUUUAGGGCGGGGCUUAUUUCUGAAGGGCAUGGUUGCCUCUCUGAACUAUACUCUGGUGGGAGGGUGAAAGAGCUGCUUGCACAGGGUGUGUCCCAGAGCCGAUAUCAUGAUAAGACUCCAGAACAGGAACGGAUGGAAAGGAGGCGUCAGAUGCCGUACCAUAUGCACAUAAAUCUGGAGCUUCUAGAGGCUGUUCAUUUGAUAUGUGCUAUGUUACUGGAGGUACCUAACAUGGCAGCUAACAGUCUUGAUGCCAAACACAAAUUCAUUAGUAAGACGCUUCGCCGUCUGCUUGAAAUAAGCGAGAGGCAAACGUUCACUGGUCCCCCUGAAAAUGUUAGGGACCAUGUUUUGGCUGCCACCAGAGCAUUGAGCAAAGGCGACUUCCAGAAGGCCUUUGAUGUUAUCAAGUCCCUUGAUGUGUGGAGGCUGCUUAAAAACCGAGAGAAUGUUCUUGAGAUGCUGAAGUCCAAAAUAAAGGAAGAAGCUUUGAGGACCUACCUUUUUGCUUAUUCACGAUCAUAUGAUUCUUUGAGCUUGGACCAGCUUGCUAAGAUGUUCGAUCUUACAGAUGCACAGACUCACAUUAUAGUAAGCAAAAUGAUGAUCACUGAAGAGCUCCAUGCAAGUUUGGACCAACCAUCACGGUGCAUAGUAUUUCAUGAGGUUGAGCACAGCAGGUUGCAGGCUUUGGCAUUCCACUUGACAGAGAAGCUAUCAGUCCUUGCGGAAAGCAAUGAGAGAGCAGUCGAGGCAAGGAUAGGUGGAGUUGGGCUAGACCCCAUGCCUACAAGGCGCAGGGAUGGUCAAGAUUAUGCUGCAACUGGUGGUGGAGGUAAGUGGCAAGACAAUAUGCUUUUUUCACAGGGAAGGCAAGGCGGUGGUGGUACUCGGUCAGGAUAUGGCAGUGGGAGACCAUUUGCACCAGGACCAAAUUAUAGCGGCGGCUAUCAAAGAGAUCGGUCUGGUAGAGGUGGGUACUCUUCAGGUCAUCAGGGUACUCGGUAUCAAGAUUCUUCAUAUGGAGGGCAGGGUAGAAGUUACCAGAAUAAUUCAGCCAGAGGAAGUCAAAUGGAUGGUUCAGUCCGUAUGGUCAGUCUCAAUAGAGGAAUCCGCAGUUAGCAAGAGUUAAGUGAAACAACAUAAUAUCCGAGUAUUGCUCGAGUCUUUUGUUUUCGAAACUAAUUAUUAUCAUUCCUUGUUUUGAGAACAUUUUGUUUUCUUUUGUUACCUUGGAUAUCUGGUGAAAGAUUAUAAUUUUGGUGUGUAAGGAUAUUAUUCGUAUUAUUUUUGCUGCUGUAAUGCCGUACUCUAUGCUAUCAGCAGCCUUUUUUAUGCCGAAAAUUUGCUUUCUGGA